UUGGAAUCAUCCGGAUAAUUUUGGCAUGUACCGGAAGCCAACAAUUUGAACGACCACGGCGGCACGACGGCGCCAUGGAGACGUCAUUACGGGAAGUGGACGAGUGGAGAAUGGAACGGCGUAUUCAUCAAGCGGUGGCGAGCAGUGAAGAAGCGAUCAAGUGCCUUCAGCUUGUGUCGGACAAACCUCUAUGGUUGAUCAAGCAGCAGACCAUGUCCCGUCGCGACUUUUGGAAUCAGCUGCACAGUGCGCUACCGUCUGAAUACAAGGCAGAGCGCGCACGGAUAAGAAGCAACAGAGUCGCAGCACCUUCGAACGAUCCGUUUGGAGUUCAAACGGUGAAGCGAUCGAACGCUGAGUUGCUCAAGCAAUUGGCGCAACAAAUGAAACACCUGUCGCAACGCAAGAAGGGAUUUUUGAACAACCGCAAUGGGAUCACGGGCAACCCGAAUAACGGAGGCUUCAGUUGCAAUGCCAAGCCAGGGUCCAGCGACAACACAUCGAGUGGCUCAACGGAUCGAAAGUCUUCUCGUUUCGCUGACACCGACCUCGAGUCGUACCAUGCAAAGUGGCGUGAAACCAGCAGUCAAAUCCACGAUAUUGAAGCGCAGCUGGAAAAGUUGCGCGUGACGCGGCAGAGCGGCGACAUCGAGCGCCAGCAUGAUGCUUGGGUCGCCAACCGACAAUGGGAGCUCGUGUUGGAGGAUGUGGUUCGAGAAGAGCUCGGAGAAAUCAUGGACGAAUUGCUGGAAGAGUCUGACGCUGGGAGGGAGCUACCCGAGGAAGACGACAGCGUUGUCGAGACAGCGUUGCACGGCGGGCCACCGACGGAAGUAUUGUGCCAAAAAUUCAACGUCGAUGUGUCCCGGGGUCUCCUACAGUGCCUCUUGCCAGCCACGUGGCUCAACGACGAGAUUGUGAACUUUUGGUUUCAAAUGCUCACGGAACGAGAUGCAACCCGCCCGGUCAAAUCGCACUUUUUCAACUCGUUUUUUUUCUCGAAAGUAAGCGAAGACGGGUAUAACUAUACCAACGUGCGCCGGUGGACGCGCAAGGUGGACCUUUUUGCCAUGGACAAGAUCUUUGUACCGGUGAACAUCCGCAACGUGCAUUGGUGUCUGGCUGUGAUCUUCAUGAAGGAAAAGCGCAUUCAGUACUAUGACUCCAUGGCCGGCGUGGGCAUCCAGUGUCUGGAUGUGCUCUUUAAGUACCUCCAUGACGAGUCGCAGCACAAGAAGAACACUGUGUUUGACUCGACCGGGUGGGAGCUCGUCGCGACCACGAACGACACACCCCAGCAAGGCAACUCGUUCGACUGUGGGGUGUUCACGUGCAUGUUUGCGGACUUUCUCAGCCGCGACCUGCCGUUGACGUUUUCUCAACGCGACAUGAAGUUUUACCGACGACGGAUGGUCUUGCGCAUGGUUCAAGGGUCGAUUCCAGAGGACGAGGGGUUCGACUUGUGAAGUAGUUUUCUUUCCUGCCGUAAUCAAAGGUCCGUCGAGGUUCGACAGGUGAUGCUGGCG